UGUGAGCACUACCUACCUACGCAGCACCUCUGGAGUUCAAGCUAACCACUAUAUACCUACCCACUUGCGCCCAUUGAAGUCGAGUUGCCCCUCGUCGCCGACCUUCUCCAACCGAUACCAGUCUCGAGACAGCAAUUGAUCAAGAAACAAGAACCCCCAGAUAACCAGUCAAGAUGUCGCCAGGAAUGUCGCUGUAUAGCGUCAACGCUAUAGUAAUCCUCUCCAGCGAUGACGGUUCGCGGAUAUUCUCAAAAUACUACACUCCUCCUCACGCUGCCGCUGGCGCACCAGGAACAGGAGUGGCCGCCGGACUCGCUUCCUCGAGCGCUUCCCAGAACCCCUAUCCCGACAAGACUUCUCAAACCCGUUUCGAGAAGGGCCUCCUUCAGAAGACAGCUAAGCAGACGGGCGAUAUCCUCCUCUACGACAACAAGGUGGUGCUUUACAAGAUGGAGUCGGACGUUGCUAUCUACGUCGUUGGUAGCGCGGACGAGAACGAAGUUCUGCUCUACAACGUACUUUUGGCGCUUAGGGACAGCUUGCAUAUGCUCUUCAAGCAAUCGAUCGACAAGCGCACGAUAGUCGAAAACUACGAUCUGGUAUCCCUCGCUAUCGACGAAAUCGUGGAUGACGGCGUUGUUCUCGAGACCGAUCCCACCAUCAUCAUUCAACGAUGCAGCAAGGCGCCGCCUGCCGAUGUCAACCUCAGCCGCCUCGACCCCUUCACCGAGCAGGGUGUCAACAACUUGGCACAACUAGGCAAGGCUAAGCUUACUGACUGGCUUCGUCAGGGUCUCUAAGGGCAUGUGCGGGUGGGUAAUGACAAGGGAAGGAGUGUGGCGGAUGGGAGCAACCAAGGUAAAGUUGGCGCAUUGGUUCGUAAAAAGGUAUCAGGCCCUUUUGUUUGGCGAGCCUUUUUAUGGCAGAGUAAUGAGCCAAAGGCGAAGCAAAAAGACACGAAAAGCCAACAAGUGAUGGGUUAGCAGAAAACAGGAGUUAUAGUCUUUUCCCUUGCGAUCUAUAGGGUUUGACCCCGUCUAUAUUCUAAUGUCGGAAGCGGCUUUCCUCAGCCUGUUCAUGACCGCCGCCGCGAUAUCGUCUCCAUCACUCACACCCUCUACGAAUAUUACAUCCGCGCCGCGCCUGUCCAGCUCUCGGAGGGCAGCGAAAAGGCCAUGUGCCACCCCCUUGACAUCGUUGCCCAGAUCAAUCUCCAGAAGCCUUGCCAACACCGUGGUGCCGUCCUCAUCCAGCCAUUGCCCUUCCCUGACAGCGAACCCAGUCUCGGCCACGUCCCCGCUGUCCUUCGCAGCAACAUCAUCAAGCCCCUGACUCCUCAACCCCCCGGCAACAGGCCAUCUCCCCGUCCUAAUAACCGCAACACUCUUCACGUUUCCCUUGCCCUCCUCCUCCCCAGCCGCUUCAACCGCCUCCCUCACAUCCGCCUUCGGUACCUCCCUCCUCCCUCCCUCCGCCUCAUACAACACCACCCUCGCCUUCGGGCUAUAAUGCUUAUACUUCAUCCCCGGCGCUCUCGGCGCCGUCUUUCCUCCGACCUCUGCCUGAUCCUUAUACGCCUUCUCCACGCCUUCCCACCCCUUACACUCCCUAAUCUCCUCCAAGCUGACCCCGCCCGGCCUCAGCACCACAGGCGGCGAGCAAAGCCCGUCGACGACCGUGCUUUCCACCCCUACGCUGCAUGAUCCUCCAUCCAAGAUCAGUGCGAUGCGACCCCGUAGAUCGUCUAACACGUGUUGUGCGGCGGUGGGGCUGGGUUUAGUGCUGGCGUUCGCAGAGGGCGCGGCGAGGGGGGCGUUGGCGAGUUUGAUCAGCGAGCGAGCCAGCGCCGAGGCGGGCAUUCGGCACCCGAAUGUGGGUAGGCCGGCGGUUACUUCCGGAGCGAGGAGGGAGGGGGAGGGGUUGGGUAGCAGGAUGGUGAGGGGGCCGGGCCAGAAGCGGGUUAUGAGGGGGUGAUAGAUGGCUGGGAUGGGGUCUUCUUCGUCUCCUGCUGAGGAGAAGGAGGGAGAGAUGAAUGACCGUAACAUGCUCAAAUCGCAAACGUGCACGAUCAAAGGAUUAUCGCUUGGUCGACCUUUGGCGGCAUAGAUUCCCUUGACGGCAGCGCUGCGGGUGGCAUCGGCGCCUAGGCCGUAGACGGUUUCCGUGGGGAAGGCGACAGGAAUGUCGGUGGUGCGGAGGUGGUGGGCUGCUUCGCGGAUGGGAGACAGUAUAUUCUCAUUUUCUGAUGUAGUUGGGACCUCCCAUGUGUUGAGAUUGCUAGUUUUCGUUUUGCUUCCAUCUUUGUGUUCUGCUGACUCCUCCUUCCAGUGGCCGAGCACUUGGAUGUUGCUGUCGUCCACCUUCACUUUGAGAAUCCGGGUUUCCAUUGUCGUCGAAGUUGUCAUAGCGGGUGCCAUCAAUGGCACUGCCGUAGAUUUUGGUCUAGUUAUGUCUGUGGUUAUAGUGUGGUGGUGUCGAUUGAGGAUUGGGGUGAGUUGUGGGAGGUGCAAGCGUUUGAAUCGGGUAGUGAGAGUUAGAAUAUUGGCGCAAAUAGUUCCCUUCAUUCAGGGGAUUCGACGAUUUCGAGAGAUGGAUUGAAAACCCAGAGUCUGUCGAUUAUCUUGGCGAUUUUAGGCAACGGAUAUCUU